AUAAACAACCAGAAACAACCUGGACUGAUGAUGGUACAUGUGUUCACUUCCUGGACUGAUGAUGAUGGUACACAUGUUCACUUCCUUGACUGAUGAUGGUACAUGUGUUCACUUCCUUGCCUGCCAUAUCUCUUUUCCAGAUGUUGUUUCCCAGCAUGAAUGUGGAUGACACCAACUUCACUGCAGUCAAAGUGUGUGUCCCCCAAACUUCCAUCAGUUGACCCACAACUGAUGGAAGUGGAAAAUUGUGACUUUGAUGAUUACAUGUCUCCACACAUGUAUCCUGCAGUAACUUCUGAUAAACUGAUGUUGUUGUUUUUUUUUUGUUUUCCGUCUGGAUGUUAAAUGAUAAACGUCAUAGUUUCCCCUCUCUCUGUGUGUGUGUCACCACUGUGGAACUACUUCUGGCCAAAUCACGCCUCCUUCAUCUUUCUGGAUAACGUUGUCAGAUUGUUUUCCCCCUUUUCUCUCUCGUGCCACAGAGCCUACCUAAAGCGGAAGUUGAAACUGAACCUUCUCUCGUGACUCGGUUUGGACUUGCUGGGGGAAAAAAACGAGCCAGCUUGUAUAAAAUGUAAGAAGAAAAAAAAAAGGAAAAAAAAAGAGGGGGAGGCUGAACAUUUGGGAAAGCCCUUCUUUUUCUUCCUGGAGUGCUGACGCGUCCGGCUGCUUCGCCUACGUGCCGCGCCGACAGCACCGUGGACCAGACCCCAGACCCCCUUCCACCUCCUCCACCAUGUCGCUCCGCUUUCUGCUUUUAGGGGCCCUUUUCCUCUCUCGAGCCGAGUGUUACUUUUCGGAGGAGAAGUACCCGGAGGAGUCGAAAAUGCAGCCUCCGACGGUGGUUAUCGCCAUCAUAGCCAGGAACACCGCUCACUCCCUGCCCUACUACCUCGGCGCUCUGGAGAGACUCGACUACCCCAAAGAUCGCAUCACUGUGUGGGCGGCCACGGAUCACAACGCGGACAACACCACAGCCAUACUGAAAGAGUGGCUCACUUACAUGCAGAAAUAUUACCAUUAUGUCGAGUGGAGGCCGAUGGACCAGCCUACGUCCUAUGUAGGCGAGUUGGGACCCAAGCACUGGCCCAACAGCCGGUACGAGUACGUCAUGAAGCUGAAGCAGGCAGCGCUCAACUUCGCCAGGAAACGCUGGGCCGAUUACAUUCUGUUCGCCGACACAGACAAUAUCCUCACCAACCCAGACACCCUCAACUUGCUGAUAGCGGAGAACAAGUCGGUCAUCGCUCCCAUGCUAGACUCUCAGGGAGCGUACUCCAACUACUGGUGUGGGAUCACUCCGCAAGGAUAUUACCGGCGAACCGCAGAGUACUUCCCCACCCGCCACCGUCACAGAACGGGAUGCUACCCCGUGCCCAUGGUCCACUCCACCAUGCUGCUGGAUCUACGGAAGGCAGGCAUGAAGAAACUGGCGUUCUUCCCUCCUCACAAGGACUACUCGUGGCCCUACGACGACAUCAUCGUGUUCGCCUUCUCCUGUCGAGCUGCGGAGAUACAGAUGUACCUGUGCAACAAGGAGCGCUACGGCUACCUGAACGUUCCGGCCAAACCUCACCACACGUUGGAGGACGAUCGCUUAAACUUUGUCCAUGUCCUUCUCGAGUCCAUGAUCGAUGGACCUCCAAUGAGCCCCUCACGCUACGUCCAUAUGUUCCAGAAACAGAGAGACCUCAUGGGCUUUGAUGAGAUCUAUCUGGUUAAUCUGCGGCGGCGUCCUGACCGCAGAGAGCGGAUGCUGUUCUCUCUCAACGAGCUGGAGAUUGAUGUCAAGGUGGUGGAUGCUGUGGACGGAAAUGCACUGAACAGCAGUGACAUUAAGGUCCUGGGUGUCGACCUCCUUCCGGGCUACUAUGACCCUUUCUCUGGACGCACCCUGACCAAAGGAGAGGUGGGCUGCUUCCUCAGCCACUUCUUCAUCUGGAAGGAGAUGGUGGACCAGCAGAUGGACAAGGCUCUGGUCUUUGAGGACGACGUUCGUUUCCAGGCCAACUUCAAACGACGUGUCCUCAGACUGAUGGAGGAGGUGGAGCAGGCGGAGCUGGACUGGGACCUCAUAUACCUCGGCAGAAAGCAGGUGAAUCCAGGAAAGGAGGAGCCGGUGGAGAACGUUCGCAACUUGGUGAUGGCCGACUACUCGUAUUGGACUCUGUCGUACGCCAUCUCACAGCAGGGAGCCCAGAAACUGCUCAACGCUGAGCCACUGUCAAAGAUGCUGCCAGUCGAUGAAUUCCUCCCCAUCAUGUAUGACAAACACCCAAACGAGGACUACAAGUCCCAUUUCCCCAACAGGAACUUACAAGCCUUCAGUACGCGCCCCCUCCUGGUCCAGCCGUGUCACUACGCCGGUGAUCCUCAGUGGGUGAGCGACACCGAGACGUCGACUCUGUGGGACGACGACUCCGUGCGCACAGAUUGGAGGGGUUCCCACAAGACCCUUAAAGGUGCAGCGCCACCGCCCGACAUGCUGUCAGGCACCUACAAGGAUGAACUUUAGUGCACAGCUGACGUAGCUGUGGGAGAACCUGCGGGUCAAAAGGCCACGAGGUCAGAGAAGACAGACGCCGAGAAGAGAAAGUGUUCUCAGACUUUACUUCAGUCCACUCUGUGUCAGCGCUGCGACGCUUGAACUGGACUUUGGUUUCUUCAAAGCAUGUUAGCAAGUGUACGGCACAAGAUGACUUUUUUUUUGGGGGGGGGGGUUAAUUAACUGUAAAGAGUUGUAAAACAAAAGUUGUUAUAAUACUUGUACAGAUGUCUUAAGCAAUUCAAAUGCUUGAAUUUGCACAACAGAUUAUUCUUGAGUACAAUCCAUGCCUAAUUUUUUCUUCUUCAGUUUUUAGAGUUUAAACUGUUUGUAUGGCUGCUGCCAAGAGCAUUUUUGUUUGAAUGUAUGCCUGCGGUGGUGUGUGCUCGCGCUAACAAGAAACCAGAGAGGUGGUUUUAUUCGUUCAUCUGUUGAGCUCUGACUCCAGUACCUGCAGUGUUCACAACCCUCUGGCAAAUCCGGACAAAGGCCUUAUUGUAAUCAGCACUAUUAUUUCUUGUUGAUCUGUCCAUCCAUUUCUCGGGUAUUCAACACAAAGUUAGACUGACCCUCAUUAAUGUUUCCCUUGGCUUCAGAGCUGAUGUACCUCAAGGUUUCUACUGACAGAUGUUUUUUGUGGUCUCCAAAUUGUAUCAAGAAGUAUUUUGUCAGCAGAACUAACACAUUGAAUGUUUGCAUUUGAAUAAUUUAAGCUUCUUGAAACUGUUUCUUUUUAAAUAUUGAGUCAUUAAUAGAUUAACUGAGUAAAGUAAAUAGGCAAAGUACACUGUCUGCAUAUGUGUCUCCCUGCAGGUUCACAGUCAGGGCUGUGACACAGCAGGUUAAUGGAACAAACAACGUUGAACUGUCAGUGGGCGGCUGAUAAAUGUGUGUAAAUUGCAGGUCGAAGCUGCUUUAUCAUAACAACACCUUGCAUAUCUUUACUGCUGAGUUGUCUGGUUUCAGAACAUACGAGCUAACCGGCUAUCGGAUUUAGUCCAUGUGGUGUGUUCAAGUGCCCCUUUUUGGCGACGUAAGGUCAGCUGGCUUGGUAAGGUUUGGUAAGUUUGGGCCUUAACACGGCACAAUCGAAAAGUGUUUUCUAAUUCAAACGUCUUUUUAAUUGCUGUCUGUAAGCUUCUAUAAAGCCCCUUGGUUUUCAUUUUUAAAUUAUCAGUGUUUUGACAGUAUUAGUAAUAAUACGUCUCCAACUGUCCACUUCAAAUCCUGAAAUUCAAGGGAAUCGGGCCUGGAAAGUCAUUGAGAUUGAUGUUUAAGAAGGUGUCUUAAGUUUCAGCCAAUUUGAAUCUCAUCAUCAGUACCUGAAAACAACAUGUGUACAUGUUGUUUCAGACUGUUUGAACUGACAGUAAAUAUGCUUCUUAUGUGUUGCUGUAUCCGGUGACAACUUCAGACACAAAAGUCAUUUUCAGUGUGCUCAAAUAUUUGCACAAGAUCAAUGCGACGUGUCGAGAUGGGAGCUUGAAUUACAAGUCAAAGAGGGGUAACUUGUUCCGCCUGUUUGGCAUCAAGCAUUCCUCCCAUUUGAGUGCCGCUACUUUUGUUAACAAGUUUACGUCCCUGUGCCACAUCGUAUGUUAGAGGUGACCCCACUCGUGUACCAGAAGUCUGUAACAGCCAGAUUGAAACACAGCCUUGAACAGCCUUUUUGUAGCAUCACUCGGCUCCUUAAAUCCUUAACUUUGUCUGCACCGCGUUGCAGUGCAAGUGACUGAUGUCAUUUUGACGUGGAUUUAAAUUACAGCCAUCAAGUUACGCUAAACAUCUAUUACUGUCGUCUGUCUUCGUAAACAUUCCUGAUAGUCGUUCAUUUUCUAUCCGUUAUCGUGGGCGUUGCUUUUCCUUCAUAUGUCUUAAUUUAUUUGUCGAGUCUUUUGUCGUGGUCGAUGGAUGACAAUCACAAGCAGCAAUCAAAGUGCAAUGGUGGCUUUUUUUUUGCCCAAUUCCUCUCUCUGCGUGCCUUUGAGCAAUACAUUUGCAUUCAAAUGUUAUCAAACAGGAUGUCAGGACAACUGUAUAGCAAUCUUUUGAAAUUUUAAUAAAAAAUGUUUUUCCUUUUUUUCAGUGACUGAAUGUGGUGCAUUUCUUC